CACCAGGUGUCGCAAUAUUUCGUGAUCGCUUACCUCAGCAACCAUCAACAACAACAAACAGCCAUUGAAGCUGAAGCCUUCAACAAUUACUACUCCACCAAACCAGGCCCGAUUUUCGCGAUUAAUAUGUCAAAUGAUAGCCCGAGAACUCCUCUACAAUCCCCAAAUCAACCCGAGUACGAUACCGGUCACCGUGUUCGAUAUUUUUACGACGCCGAUCGAAAGCCCAAUGGCAAGACUUUUACAGAAUUGGCCCGCAAACAUAGGAUCGGUGAGGCCACAGCUCGUAGAUAG